AUCAGAUCCGCCGGAGGUAGUUUGAAACCGACUUUGACCACGGUUUUGUUUUUCUAGGACAUAAUUGAAUUUUAAGAUCCCGGGGCGGUCAUGGCUGAGGGGCUGCAGAUGCAGGUGGGAUCGACUGGCUCCGCACAGUCAGCCUAUCAGAGCUGGUGGUCGUCAGAGACACACCUGAGCGGGGGGGCAGGGCUUCAGGAGGAGGGCAGGACCACUCAGAGGAGUGAGUACUGCAAAGAGCUGCUAAUGAGAGGAGGAGAGGAGUUCAGCUUAGAAGAGCUGAGAGCUCAAAGACACGACGAAAAGAAACAACAGGAGCUGGACAAGAAACUGAGCCGUAUGGUGGAGCUGAAGGAGCAGCUGAGUCUGGAGUUGGAGGAGAAGAAGAAACUUUUACUGCUCAGGAGGUCUCAACCACAGGUGCUUCCUGAAGGCUCCACUACUGAGAUCAGUGACUGCGGUCCAGCUGCCCCCUCCUUCCAGAUAUACGACGAGUCCCACUGUGCUGCCGCACGGCCUGCUGGAAACGAGCUGCAGGAUGAUGUUUUCCUCCGCCCUGAUGAGAGAGGACUGUGUCUGAGGGUCCAGCAUCCACGACCGCGUGCUGUCGGUCGGUCUGAACCUUCAAAGCAGGCUGCAGAUGUGAUCCAGUCCAGACUCCAGAAUGCAAACAUCCCUUCGGCUCCACAGAAUGAUUUUCAGUUCAGCAGCUGUUCGACAGGUCAUCAGGGAGGGACAACCGAAGACACCCAGAGCGCGGUGGAGUCCGGCCCCCCCGUCACCUCUCAGAAACCAGUGUCAAAAACCAGAAAAAAACUGAGUCCAAUACAGGAAACCAGUGUGGAGGCCGGCUCUCUGACCUCACUGGGGGGCUGUACUCCACUGGAAGAAGUCAAGGAGGACCAGGACAAGGAGGAGAUGGACCACGCUCCAUCACCUGUUGGGGGCGCUGUGGAUCCCUGUGACACGGACGUGAGGCGGCGGCUGCUGGAGAUCUGUGAUGUCACUUCCUCUUCAGACGUCCACUCAGACCCCUGCCCCCUUCCUGCUGUGGAGGAGCACAGCUGUCUGCAGCUGGGGGGCAAGAUGUACCUCAUCUACAACAGAGUUCUGGAUGGAGGAAGUUUUUCCAUCUAUAAAGGAACCGCGGAGGACGACAAUGUGGUCAUCAAGGUGGACAGCUGCUCUGUACCCUGGGAUUUCCAUCAGUUUCAGCGUCUGAAGAACUCGUCCGCUGCCGACAGUCUUCCUCUGAUCAGCUGCUUCCUGUACCCGGACGGCUGCAUCACCGUCUACACCAUCCCGACUCAUCACAUGUUCACCGAGCUGACAGAGUCUGUCCCCAGCGAGUGGUCGGUUGGUCAUAAAGCCGUCGGUCUGUUGCAGCUCGUGUCUCAGCUGCACUCCUGCAGGCUGCUUCACGCAGCGCUGCAGCCAAACAUUCUCACCUGUUUUCACAGAGGAUUCCUGAAGGUUCCUGAUUGGGUCUUCCCGCUGGACUGGUCAUCCUCAGUGGACUUAGACCUCCAGCAGGGUGUGACAUCGGUCCGGCAGGUCCCAUCAGCUCAGGACUACAUCAGUCUGGGUCUCCUGGAGCCGAACGCCCCGCCACAGCUGGUGGACCUGGUGGGCGUGGCUGAAACUGUCCACGUCCUCCUGACCAACAGCAGGAUGGUCGCCGUUAAAGAUGAUGGCGGCUGGACGGCGGAGCAGUUCAGAGGAGAUGAACCUUGCGACAUGUUCUCCAGGAUGUGGAGGAGGUUUUUCCGGGCGCUGUUGAACGUCGGCAGUCGCUCGUCGUUGUCCGUCCUGUCGGAGCUGAAGGAUCAGCUGUCGACUCUUUACCACUGAAACAUCGUCUGUUUGUUCUUUGUUUGUCUUUGUGUUUGUGUUUCCAUCUGCAAUAAAUAAACGAAUAAAUACCU